AUGUAUGCAGACUUUGGAACUCUCUAUGGGCUUAAACAGGCACCCAGGGCCUGGUUUGAGAGGUUUUCCACCCAACUGUUGCACAUGGGGUUUCAAGCUUCUCUUGCUGAUUCCUCCCUAUUCAUCCUUCAUCAUGGCACUCUUGUGGUUUAUCUCUUAGUCUAUGUAGAUGACAUUGUCAUCACUGGCAACAAUCCCAAGUUCUUGGACACUUUGGUAGCUCAACUUAGUCAAGCUUUUGAGCUUAAAGAUUUGGGUCCCCUUCAUUAUUUUCUUGGCCUCCAAAUCACCAGAUCAUCCAAGGGUUUGUUCCUUACUCAAACCAAAUAUGCUCAAGACCUGCUCCUCAAACUCCAAAUGCAGUCUUCCAAACCUGCACGAUCUCCUUGUGCCCCUCAUCUCAGAUUAGUGCCCAAUGAAGGUUCUCUUCUUUCUAAUCCACAUGAAUAUCGAAGUCUGGUUGGUUCCCUCCAUUAUUUGACUUUCACCAGACCUGAUUUGAGUUUUGUUGUACAUCAAGUAUGUCAGUUUAUGUCCUUCCCUACAGAUGUUCAUCUUACUGCUGCAAAACGCAUCCUUCGAUACAUCACUGGCACUCUCCAUUUUGGAAUUCUCCUUCAACCUGGUCCUAUCUCUCUUUUUGCCUUCUCUGAUUCAGACUGGGCAGGUGAUCCUUUUGAUAGACGAUCUACCACUGGCUUCAUUGCUUACCUUGGGUACAACCCUAUUACCUGGAGUGCUAAGAAACAAGACACGGUGUCCCGAUCUUCUACUGAAUCUGAGUACCGUGCCUUGGCUUCUACAGCUGCUGAACUGUGCUAG